AUGACCACACGAGGUCUUACCUCUGGAAAAGGCCGUGUCCGGCUCUCAUCUUCCAAUGGUUCAUUGAAGCCUGCUGGAAUCAACCAGGAAAAAAUGAUCGACCCUCAUCUUCGCAUCCGCCGAGCCAUCCGCGCCGACGACGCCCUCCUGGUCCGCCGUAUCCUCCGAUCUCACCCGAACCUCCUGCACAACCCCGACCUGACCGGAUCCCGCGAAGAAGCCGGCAACUCGAAUUUGCACCUGGCUGCCAAGCUAGGCCACGUCGAGAUUGUGCGCCUGCUGCUAUCGCUCGGUCACGAGUCGCCCACCGUCGGACCGGCCCUCAACGAACAACACCAGACCGCGUUGAUGCUGGCCGCGGCGGCCGGUCACACAGAGGUCGUGCAUGCGAUCGCCGAGGCUGAUCCGUCCGUCAUCCACCGACGCGACAGUCGCGGGCGAGACGCCGUAAUGGAGGCCGCCCUGGGUGGUCACGAUACCUGUCUGCAGAUCCUGCUGACGUAUGUUCCCGGUGGUGCGUACGAGGCGGUGCGUCAGGCUGAUCUCGAGGGCAACACUGCGCUGCAUUACGCCAGCAGUAAAGGGAACAUGUUGGUGCUUCGGACGCUGCUUGCGGCGGGGGCUGAUGCCGACAGGAGAAACGUCUGGUUGUGGACGGCUGUCGAGUACAGCCAGAGCGUGCAGUCCGAGGUGUAUCUGAAGAAUCUCAUUGCCGACAUGGAGAAGAGGCGCGCUUCCAAACGGGAGGCUGUGAGAGACGAGAGGGUGGGCACCAGCGGGUGA